CCCAGAAUGCAUUGCACAGGAGGCAGAGAGGAAAAUGGCGAGCUACAUGUGCGUCUACAAAGCCGGGAAAAGGCUAUUCCAUAAACACGGGAAACGGCAAUGAAAAACGGACCUAACACGUGAUGCAUUAGUAAAGGUCUUUUCGAAAGGACGAAAUAUGGAAGAAGGACAGGAGAUGUGCUGUGUGUGUGCAAGGAACGGCAAGGCCAGCAAGCUGAAGAUAUAUCAAAUUAACUUUGAUGAGGCCAUUCGGUUCUGUGAAGAUGACGAGUGUACAUACCCUGCUGGUAUGGAUAAUUCAUCAUGGGUCCUCAACAGAAAAUUUUCAGAGCUGCAAGUCAGUAAGCCGUCAGUGGUAAAAAAGAAAAGUGUACCAGUACCACAACAGACACAUCAAUCUUCAAUAAAAUUUCCCAAUUAUAACCACGGAGCUCAAAAGAAAAUAUCCAAUUCCAAGAGUCCAAAGAACCUUACUCCAGUGAAACCCACAUUAAACACAAAACAAGGCCAUUUGAAAACUGGACAGAAUAACAAUAUGCAUACUCCUCUUGCUUCAUUAUCAAAAACGGGACAGAGAGUUAUAUCCCGCAACAAGUUUCAGAUGAAAUCAGAGUCUCUAAUUCCAUUUCCUGCAUUACAACUGUCUGCAGGAAAGCCCAAACCUGAUACAGCAACUACAAAACAAAGGACAGGAUGUGGACAAUUCUUCAAAUCUGUUACAUCAAAAAAAUCUGAAAAAAGUCCUGAUGCAAGUAAUUCCACUUCUGCCAUGCAAACAACAGUAGAUAAAGGUGAUAAAGUUUGUUCUAGGACUAGAGAUCAUUUGAUGGCAUUUUAUCCUCAGUGGCAGAAUAAAGAUGCUCUUUGCUGGAUGGAUGUCAUACUGUGUUUGUUAGUCCACUGUAAGCAGGUUAACAAAUUACAAAGCAGUGAUCAAGAUUCUGAAACCUCCAUAGUUUGUACAUUACUGAAGGCUUAUGAACAAGCACUAUCUUUGCUGAAUAAAAGGUCAAUCUCUAGGACUUCUGGUCAACCUGAUGUUGACACGUCGGUGACAAUAUCAGAUAAUUCAAAGGUGAAUUCCCACAUUAACUCAGCAUCUACAUUAUUGUCUGAGGAAAAGCUUGAAACGAGAUUUCCAGAUGAAGAUGAGAACCACCUUGUCACAAACUCGGUCAAGAAUGAGGAGGAAGUCAAAACCGGUGCAGGACUUAAGUUGCUGAAAUCUGACUUUUUGAAAUUGAUGACAUCUCAUAGUGAUUCAGAAUAUUCAAAAGUGUUUGAUCUCCUUGGUGAUGUUAGGGAGAAAAUCUGGAACCUGCUUCAUCCGCGCCUUCAGUGCAAAAAAGGCAAGAAUGACAGUCCGGUGUUUGCUAUCCCACUUUUGACAAAGAACAGUAAGGACCUGGAACAUUUACUGUCUAUCAAGUACAACUUCCAUUUCAGCUGUACAAAAUGUGGUCUCCAAGAUGUUCGUCCCUACCAGAAAGUACUACCUACAUUCCCUAACACUACAAAGAAUUUUUCGAUGAAUGAUCCGAAGUUCAUACGACCCUGUUUCCGGUGCUUGGCUGAUGGACAGACUAUGACAAUGGUGUUUGAAAGACUGCCACCGGUCAUCAUGCUACAUUUCCAAGAGGGUCUACACAGCAACAAGUUCUCGGGCUAUGAUUUCUACCAUCAGGAUCAACUUUACCAAGUCACAGGAGUAAUUCAGUAUAGAAAUGACCCUGAUCAUUUCAUAGCCUGGAUACGUAAUCCUAAAGUAGAGCUCUGGAUGGAAUGCAACGACCUGAAGUCACCAAUCUGUCAGUUUGAUCAAAGCAGCCCCAACUUCCCAGCAGGCCAAGUCCAUAUCAUGAUGUGGGAGGCUGUUGGACCAGAGGAUUGCAAUGAUGUCCAAGAUAGCACAAAGAUGGCGUGUAACAGGGAUUCUGUUGGUAAUGGUCAUAUAGAGGUAUCCAUGGAUACCAGCAUAUCAAAUGAGAAUGACUUGAUGUCAUAUGUUACAGGGAAAGUGGACAAUAUGAAUUCUGUCGCCAGCUAUUGUAGCAGUGAUGCUGUUUCUACGCCAACCUGCUUGGGUUCACUUCCUACACAGAAGUCAAUAAAUAUGACUCCCAUAGGAGAUUGCCAUUUGCCAACGGUUGUUUCAGAAACUAACGGAACAUCAACAGCCCACCAGGUUACAUCAGCUAAACACACGGGGAAGGUAGCAAGUGUAUUGUUAGACCAGAUAUUGAGUAGAGCUAAUACUCAGAAGCCUGGAGAUGUGAAAAGGUUUCAACUAAGAAAUAUUAAUGCAAGUGCUCUACCUGGCGAUAAGAAAGGUUAUUAUGGUGCUUCAAACUUCAGCAAGUCAACAAGUGUUUCAACACACACUGACAAAAUACUCAACAAAACCAAGGAUAAUGUCACCCUCCUUCGAAAUAUGAGAAAUCCUAGACCACCACAAGUUUGUAAUGAUUCCAGAGAUCAUCCUAAUGCUGCAAACCUGCGAUGUUUACCAGGUCAAGGUUCAUUAAGUUUUCUAACUCGUAUUCUUGGCAACAAUAAAAGUAAGACAACAGUAUCUCCGGUUGUAAAAGGGAAAGUUUUUGAAGGAUACAAGUCCAAAACAUUUGAUGCAGCAAUUUUCACUUCAAAGAGCAGAACCAAAAGUAUGUCUGCUGAAGUAGACACAGAAUCCUUGACCAGCAGACCAAACAGUCCUGCACUCAGCUGUCACAGUGACUCAUUUGUCAUCCAGAAAAGAAAAUCUGAAUUAGUGUCGGAAAAUAAUAAACUGCCAGCUCUGAAACGACGAAGGUCACAAGAUACAAAUUUCACCUUGGUAUGUCCACAGGUCCGCAUGAAAUCUCUAAGUCUUGACACCGCUACAUCACUGACAAAGGAACUACCAAUCUCUAAUGCAUCGAGUAGUAUGAACGACAGCAUCGUAGAAACAGCCGCCAUUGGCAGCCAGUGUAGUAGUAAUACUGAGUUGCUUACCUCAGCUGUAAGGAAUGACUGUACUUUUCAGGAGUCAGAUAUCCUGCAAAAUCUCUACAGUGCCUUGAAUAUCGACAUGCCAGCUAAUACUGAUGACAGCAAGUCGCCCAUGAAAGCUGUCGGAACUGCACCGGUGGACGUUGAAAAUAUCCCAGACAUUUCUGAUCUAGACAAUUUCAUCAACACUAGCUGUGAUUCAAGUAUGGAAGACAACUUUGAUGACUUUUUGUCUGAACUUUGAGUUUACAAAUUUGGAAUCAAGAUUGAUUUAAAUGUUCUUCAGUUUAUUUUAAAAGACAGGUUAAAUUAAAGGCAGAAAAUAAGACAGGUUAAAUUAAAGGCAGAUAACGUUAUUUGGGAAGAACAAAACUGUAUUAUGUAAACUUAUGAAAUUUUCCUGAAUUAUUCCUUUGCCUUAGAUAUUUAUAUAUGCAAAAUCUUGUUUUUACUGGCAUUUUCAGAUAAUUAUUUUUUGAAUAGCAGCAAACUUAGAGAUUCAUUGAAGUCAUUUGGAUUUCAUUAUCAGAUUUGGAGGCAAAUUUGAAACUUUUAUUUUGUCUUUAUUGAAAAGUUAACUUAAGAAGUUUCCCAUUUGAAACAUACUUUGAAACGAUCAUGCCCUCGAUUUCCAUGCUUGAGUUUUAAGUUGGAGUUUGUAAGUAUAUUUACAAUUUUUCCUGUCAUUUUUUUCAAAUCCAGUUUAUCAUAAGAUGCAUGUUUUAGUAAUUCUGAAGUGUAUAUAAUUUGAGGAUUGUUUUCCAUAUUGAAAUGUUGCAAAGAGGUAAGUACUGAAGGAAGAUUGGAAUUUAUCUUAAGAGUUUGCAGAUUAAAAGAAAAUAACAUUGAGAGUAGCAAAAGAAAAUUGAUUAUGAAUGGAAAUGUAUGGUGAAAUGUAUAGUCUUACUAUAAACAGUUAAAGCAGUAGAAGAAUGAAAGUGAAUUAUAAAAACUUGAAAGGAACUUGUGUCCCCAUGUUCAUGUUCAAAUACCCAUUGUCACGAUUCAUAUUUUGUUAUUUUCUUUUUAUACAUUUGUUACUAUUGUUGAACAUUUUUAUAGACUGUUAAUUUUGAAAUACAAAUUGAAAAAUGUGUAAUAGUCAAGUUUCUUUUUAGAAUUAAUUCGGAACUAGAAAUGGGAAUCUGUGAUUUGGUACAUAUAUACCAAGCAAAAGGGAGGUAAUUAUGGAGUUGCAUUUUGAAAAUCAAGGUAGAGACUUGUCAAUGACAUAAUUAAUGUAAACCAUCUUGGUUAAAUGUAUGCCAAAUGUUUAUUUGGAUAUUAGUUCCAUGAAUCAUUGAACGCACAGACAACAGAUGAAAUAUUUUGGUGUAGAAAACAAUCCUUUAGGUUCUUGUGUCUUGUAAUUGUUGAAUAUGGUAAAAUGCAUGACAGGUUUUCAAUACUUUGGACUGUCAGGUUUUGUUUUCUCCCAUACGUCAUGGUUGCAAUUUAUAGCUUAAAGGGGAUGAGGGUGUGUAUAGUCUUUGGAAUAUUGAAAAGGUAUUCCAGUUUCUUCCAAUUUUCUCUCAAUUGUUAUCAUUAUCAAUUUCAAGGAAAGGUUAGCAAGCUAUAUCCUGCUUGAUAACAUUUACCACAUAUUAAACUGGUCUGUUCUACCAACUCACGCCGCCCUGUCGUAAAUAUCCUAAGAUGCCUGUCAUGAUACUACUGUGACAUCAUAAAUUAUUUAUGAUGUGAUGAUAAAUGUGAUGUCACACAAUUGUCGCAGUAGAGAAAAACAUAGCGUCUGAGUCAAUAUUCACUUGUAUUAUAUUCAACUAUAUUAAGUUUUUAUUUAUAUCAAAAAUACGAGUUGAGAUGAUCAACAGAAUCUAACACGUGUGGCUUUUUAAUUUAAUAUUUAAUUCAUUAAAUGAGUUCAAUAUUUGAUAUGCCGCAAGUCUGGUAAAUGAUAUUGUACCAGGCUCGUAACAUAUUUACAUUGUGCUCAUUUCAAGGGUGUAUGGUAUGCUAUACAUAUUCUCAAAAAUCAGUAUGAAGAUAUUAAAGUCAAUAUCUUGGAGAUAUCUUUAGUUUUAGCCCGAGGUGGUUAAAUUGGUAAAAUUAUAGGCAUCAAGUAGAAAAAAAGUUUGCAAUUUUACCAUUUUUUUUUAUUUCAUGAAAUUAAGCACAACUUUUGAGUUAAUUUUUAUUUUAUAGGAGAAGAAAAACACAACUUUGAAUGAAGCUCGGAUAAUUAUACAUCCAAGCAAAGAUACUUUUUAGAUCUUGGUUUAAGUACAUACAUUAAGGGAAAGUAUGGUAGGAACUAAAAUUAUUUGGUUGUAUUUGAGAUGUAGGGUUUGUGAGCAACAUUUGAUUUGUGUAGGUCUUUGAUGGAAAAAUAUUGUUUAAGUUACCAUAAAGAUUGGUUUAGUAUAUUGCCAGUCAUGGUUACUGGUGAAAAGGGCAUAGUAGAGGUUACCGAGAUGGCUAAAAUUUCUCUUGGUAUAUAUCUAGAAACUUGUCUUGAAAUGACUCGAGUUUUAUAUCAAAUAAUUAAUUUUGUAUUUUUGUUAUCUCACUUUCAUUAUUCGGUGACAAGUUGAGAACAACUGAUGGAUAUUGCCUAUGUGUCAGCGUUCCACCCCAGAACAUUCAUUUUUAAAAGCAUAGAAGUCCAUAAUUGAACAUCCCACACUCUUGAUACUUAGUAAAUAUAUUCAUUAGAGGUGUAGGAGCGAUGAUACAGCGAAAUGUGCGUGGUUGUGUUUAUUUUCGCUUUUUCAAUUUUAUUAUGUAUUGGACUAUCCCCCUUCCCCUUUUUUUGACAUCAAAACUCAAUUAACUUUGUUCAAUGUUUUUUUUUUGUUCCAUAAGUAUGUAUUUCACACUUGUCUCAUUUAUAAUGACAAAAUGACAAUUCUGUUUUGGAAGUAUUUUAAUUUGUUUUCUGAAUUUCCUUGGAACAUCAAAUCUUAAUUUGUUGUGAUAGCUUUUUGGAAAUUUAUUCAACUUCACAUAAAAUAUCUACUGUUUGUGUAUACAAGAUGCAAUGAUUUGGUAUUGCGAUUUUAUAUCCUUAGAAGUUUCUGAAAUCUUAAUGUAAUCAUUUUGCAAUGGCUGCUGCCAGUGUGCUUCAUUGAUUGCACUUGCUGAUGCUAUAUUAUUAUGAAGUUUUGAGACCAUUUCAAUAUGAAACUUACAUGAUCACAAUUUUAAUUAGGAAAUGUAAAUAUGUUCCAUUUGGUCAAGAGUCAUUUUUUAUUGUGUCAAAAGUCUGUUGAAAUAAUUUGUUAACAGUACUAGUGGUACUUUAAAUUUAUCAAUUGAUAAUGAUAACUUCUAUGUAAUAUCCUUAGAACAGUUGUGCUUGUAAAGAUAUUCAAUUGGAUACUCAUGUUAACCCUUGCCACUAUUUAAAUAUGUUAUUGUUUGUCAAAAGUCAAGAUCGUGUCAAAAAUUAUUAAUGUUCCCACUAUAAUAGCUAGGAAAUGGAAUAUCUAUGGAGUACUUUUUGGAAUACAAAUGAAUCAUGGGAAUAUGAAAAAAAAAUUCAAGGAAUUUCGAUGAAGCUUCAUACAACACCAAUGUAUUGAUUCCAACAUCAACGUCCGUCUCACAUAAAACUGGAAGUUUGCAAGGUCAUGAUUCUCUUUGAAAGGAACAUUCGUUGGUCUGUUUCUUGCUAUCUUGAUAGUCUGUAUCUUGAACAGUUCUAGUUAAUCAGGUCUGCUUCUACGUUUGACGUUUGACACGUAGUGCAUUUACAUGAUGUCGUCUGUCUGUGGUUUUAUAAUGACAAUGUGUAACGACAAGAUGAAAAAGAAUCCUUCCUUUUCUGACCUGUUCUUUCUCAAGAUAGCUGCUAACAUGGAAAGGCCCUUCGGUUUUGUCUGAACCUUGUGCCACAGAAUGGCUGCACUAAAGAGUCGUCUGGUGAAGUGAAAAAAUGCCUGUCCAAAUUAUCCGCUUCGAUGAAAGUGCCAGUCCGUCUGUCCAUUUACAGUUUCACGCCAUUUCGUCAUUACGUCAUUUCUUGACACACUCUUAAACAAUUGUUGUGAUCGUACAGACAUCAGAAUAGUAUUUGAAUUGAAAAAGGUUUGAUUAUUUUCAUUCUGUUUAAAAGGACGAUGAAUUUGUCCGUGGCCUGUGGUUUUUAGACUAUCUCUUGUCCGUUCGCCAAUCAACAAUUUGUGAACUGUGGUCUUAGACGUUGGCAUGAAAAGCCACCAUUUCUACUUCAGUUUCUUUAUUGGUUAUAUGAGGUCAUGAUGUCGUCUGAUUGGUACAGUUAGUAUUUACCCUAUAUACAAAAAUGGUGUCGUCUUCGUGGUCAUCUAUGCUGAAAAAACGUUUGUUGUUUUUGAGGUAGUGUUCUUUGUAGGAAAAGUCGUCAUAAUUAUGGAACAAUAAGAAGACUACUGACAAGCUCAAGUCUGUUCGUCUAAAGAUGGCUUCAAUUUCGACCAUCAUUGCUUUAUUUUCCUGAAUUGUCGAAAUGUAGGAGAACCAUGCAUUGGUACUUACGGGUUUUCGUCCAACCGUCGUCUGCUGAAAAGAAAACCAUGCAUUGCUUCUAAUUUAAAGACUAGUCCGUUCGUCUACCAAUGUUUCAAAUCCAACAGUCGCUGCUGUGGGAAAGCCCUGUCAUCAAUUUGUCUAAAGUAAACCUUGUGCCUUUCACAUAAUAGCUUCACAUCAAAGAGUCGUCUGUGGUAAAGUGAUGUUUUAAAUUCAUCAAUGGCGCUUUGUUCUAGUCGUCCCGGUUGGUGUAAGUGCCAGUCCGUCUGUCCUUUAAGUUAUCCUUAUAUCAGUAUCAACUCCAGUUUUAUCUUUAGCAGAUGAGAUCACAGAAACAAUGUAGUACAUGUAUGUGAAUUGAAGUCGUCUGUUACUGUGAAAAAUGUUUCAUUUCCAGUCUUUUAAUAGGACAAUCUGUCAUUGUCGUCUCCAUUGGUGUGUGUAUCAUAAGUCAGUGCAUGUUUGGUGGUAAUAAGUUUUGCAGGACAUUUGAAGUUGUCUUUUUAUGGCACAAACAACUUGAGAUAUGAAAAAAUCCAGUCCGUUCGUCUACUAGUGCUUAACGUCCAACAGUCGUCUACA